AUGAGGUCUGAAUCCUUCCUCCCACACAUGAACCACAGUAGCACCGUCAUCUACUGGGAGAACACCUCUGUCGCCUUACUAGGAGUAGGACUGGUCCUUUUCCUCCUCUUAGGGUUAAGUAUCUGCAAAUCCCCCAAAGGCAUACACUCGUGGUUUUCUACUCGGGAGGGAGAAGCCACUUCAACCUGGGCGCGCAAGAGAGGUGACAAAGGCGAGGCAAGAGGAUUCAAAGUCCAAUUUCCCGCAUCCCGCCGACAAGCCAUUAUUUUGUCUCAGGACGAGAAAGCAUGUGAUGUACAAAGGUUGUUGAAAGGCCCAAGUUCGACCCAGGCCCAACAUCAUCAACUGCCUUCAACAGAGACCCCGGAUUUUGACAAGCCAGGUCAAUAUACCCCUUCUGGCUUCUCUACGGAAGAUCUCAAAGCACUCGGGACCUUCCCUGAUUAUUCUGUUUUGAGUGGUGUGCCUCACCCGAAACCCAGUCCUGACUUUGACAUCAAUACGGCGACCUUCCGGCCAUUUCGGCCAUUCAGAUUUGCGUACCAUCAGACCAUGUCACUUAUGAAGUUCGAGCCUGAUUUCUGGAUUGAAUUGGAAAAGAACUAUUUCAAUAGGUUGGAACAACGGAAGCAACUCUUAAAACAGUACGGAACUAGUGUUUUGGAUUACAGUCCAGGCUCGGAACUGGCUUGCAGAGAACUGAUGGAGAUGGUGCUGCAAUUUGUAUGCAUUCGUUAUCCUCAUUACUUUGCGUUGGAAGAGUCGAACACCAUCUUUGUUAAUCGCCUAUUGAAAACGAGAACGGAGCUCAACUCUCAACAUCCACUGCAUAUACUAUUCGACAACAUCCCAGAAGAUUUUGCCAUGAUGUUGCGCAAUGAAGAAGAUGGCAUGUACUACCUCAGAUCUGGUUUUAUUUGUUCGUCAAUUGGCUGGACCUUUGGAACCCAUCACAACAGAGAGUUACGGGCCAUCCACAAAGAGGUCAAUGACUAUGCAGAAAAGAUGUCCAAUUCGAUGGACCGAUUCUUCUCAAAAAUGCCUGUCGAACGGCCCAUUCAACGGGGCUCGUGGUUCGUUGAAGACUGGGAACCUUUGUUCGUCACGCCUGAAGAAUAUGAACAAAACGCCGGUACCCGCCACCAAGGGGAAUCUGUGGGCAUUGAGCAGUGUUACCUUCGUUGCGACUGGCAAACACUCCGUCGGUUGCCUCUAUCGGGGGCCAUUGUGUUCAACUUCAAGGCGGUGUUCACGCCAAUAACGGAGCUGCGGGAUGAGCCAUAUAUUCCGUCGCUGCUGUACAAACAGAUUACAGCGGGGAAUCCCUUGCUUACUGAGCCCAAAGUACAUGCUCAUAUCCGACCUGUUGUGUUGGACGCAUUGCAGGCAUGGAAAAAGAAACAAGUAGAAAAAGGGAUGAUCCCUUCCGACUGGGUGGAAGAGACUCUGGCGGAAUCGCCAUUCUACCCGGGAUGGGAGGAACGUUGGCGGAAAAAGAUUGGAUUCGACAUCUGA